AUGGCUUAUCGUUGCAACGUCUGUGUCAGUUUUAUUGCUCUUACUCUGUCUCUAUUUCUUAAUCAUCUACAUCGAUACCAUUUAAGCGAUCCAAGCUUCCACGUUCUUUGUGGAAUUAAUGGCUGUGCGAAAACCUACAAGAAAUGCAUAUCUUACAGAAAUCACAUCAUUAGAAAGCACUCAGAUGUAUUGAAAGCUGAGAGAGAAUGUGCUAAUCAAACUAUCAUGGAUGACACAGAUUACGGUACAGAUUGUUGUCCAAGUGAAGAUCUUAUAGACAAUUCGACAGAUAUUGAUGGAAACGACGGUGAAACACACAUGUACGACUUAACUUCUCUGCCUCAGUUUGACUUUCAACGAGAGACUGAAGAAAUCCGUCGUACUGGUGCUCUGCAUUUGUUACGAAUGAAAUACCAAGAUCGAGCAUCGCAAAAAGCCGUCGACUCAUUUGUUGAAAGUACUACCAGCAUCGUAAGGACGAGCAUGGAGAUUCUUAAAGCAGGUCUGAUGAACAGAUUGGACACAGCCGGCAUUGAUUUCAACGCCGUUCCUGGACUCCCAGGACUCUUCAAAGAAGAUAGCCUGGCUAUGAAUCCUUUUUCCGGUAUAAGGAAGGAAAACGAGCAGCACAAGUACUAUAAGGAUAACCUGGGCCUUCUGGUAGGCUUUACUUCAGAAUGUUGAAAAAUAUGUAGCUUUUCCAUCUUAACCACAGGGCACCCAACGAGGAUAUAGUUCAAAACCACUUAACAUAGCAUUGUUGAACGUAUUUUAGUAUUUAAACGGUAGAUAUAGGCAUAUUUUUAUCCCUAAAAACUUUUCAUCUGUUCGGAUUUCCUAGCUGAAAGUCUAGUGAUCCGAAAAUUAUAGGGAUCAAAACUUACCUUUCGAAAAUUUCAGCCAGGAAAAGGCUCCUGAAAAUUCUAGGUGGCCUUUUUAGGGUAAAUAUCCGUUUAAAAUGGGUAAUUAUACCAUUUUGUAGAUGUUCGAAAAUCCUAGGAGAGGCAGGCAAGCAAGAAAUUUUGCAACAAAUGUUCCGAAAAUUCUAGUUCUCAAAUCGUCUUCGAACAGAUAUUUUCCCGAAAAUUGCCGUUGGGUGCCCCUGUUAACCCCCACAAAAAAAAAAAAGAAGAAAGAAAGAAAAACAGACAGAUUAAUCUAUUAAACAAUUAUUGAAUGAGGCUGAGUAACAUAUGAAGAAUUAAGGAGAUCAAGGAGGGUGUUAUCUGCCAAGGCAAUAGCUUUAGCAUUUACAUUUUUAUCACACAGGAGCCAAGAAAACUUGUACUGGGGCAGUACCACAAAAAAAGGUGCAGAGGGAACAAAAUAAAAGAUAUGUUAAAAACAGAUGAUGCUUACUACAUCCCACUGUUGGAAAGCUUGGAACAACUGCUAAAUGAUGAUUCAAUACUAGAAGAGGUACACACCUUUAUAAGACACUCACUAUACUAUAAUAAAGACAGUUAAGAGUUGUCACUGUCUGAAAAUACAAUUUUUAUUUGCUGAUGAUUAGUAUAUGGAAAAGAUUUUGUCAUUACCCUUUUAGAGAGAGCUUGUGUUUAUUAUAGUAGCAACAACAAUGCAUUACUUCUUUUACAUGUGACUUACUUGUCUUAUAGAGAUGGUUAAAAAAUUAACAACUGGUUUUUAAAUGGAAUUUUUAGAUAGACAAUCCUCACCAAAGAGCCGAUGGUCUUCUUAGUGAUUUUUGCGAUGGAGACACAUUUGCCAGACAUCCACUCUUUUCCUCCGACCCCAAAGCCUUGCAGUUGAUUUUGUACUUUGAUGAAUUUGAAGUGUGCAAUCCACUUGGAUCAAGGGCCAAUAAGCACAAAAUUGGUUUGUUUUUAUCAUGUUUUGCUUAUUAUCAUGAUCACACUACUCAAUCAGUCAAAUAAUGAUUUUUGUUGCAAAUUGUUGAGAUUUACCUUAUAUAUAGCAGCAUUACCUGCAUGUGUAACCCAAGUGUUUUCUUUAGGUAGAGCUAACAAACCUAGGCUGUAUCUAGGAAUAAUUUUAUGGAUCCCUUAUUUCAUCUCAUGUAGCUAGGUCUAACAAUAUUUUGAUCUUGUCUCCCAAAUGCAAUUUAUUAGGAGGCUUUUACUACACAUUAGGAAACAUACGGCCAGAAAAUAGGUCUCAUAUGAAUGCAAUUCAACUACUUGGCCUCGUUACCUCCAAGCACCUAAAAAAAUAUGGAGUGGAAACUCUACUGAAUGCAUUUAUGGAGGAUUUAGCUAAACUAGAGCAGGUAAGUUUGAUAAUUAUAGAAAGAAAAGAUACUUAAUUAUUUAACGGAUGCUGUUCUCCCACAUUACAAGAGUGAUAAUAAUAAUAAAGUACAUGUAUUUCAUUAUCAUUGUUGGUUCCUCUGUCAUUGAUAGUGGUUGGCAAGGAUUGUGAUUUUAAAAACAAAUAUUGUUUUUGUACAUGUGUAGGAUGCAGGUCACCAGUUUCUAAUUGAUGGAGUGCCCAGGUCAUUUCAAGGGACAAUUGCUUUUUUCUGUGGGGAUAACCUUGGGUCUCAGUUUGUAGGUGGAUUUAAGGAAGGAUCACAGGCACAUAGACCUUGUAGGGAGUGUAUGGGUAGCAAGGACCAGAUCAAGAGUCAUGUAAGUUAGACACUUUUUGCUGUUGUUGUUGCAAAGUCUAAAGCUUAAACCUAGAUCACAUGAAAUAUGUCCUUGUAACUUUUUUUAAAUGACCAAAGUGUAGGAAAGGGGGGGCUAAAGCUGGUCAUUGGAACUUUUGGGGCUAUGCUUUAAGAACAUUUGAAUAUAUAUUUGAACUUUAUACUAACCUAAUGAAUUUCUUCAAGAGGAGUGGGGGUUGAUUUAUUAUGGUCCAUUCUGAUGCACUGGUUUAAUACCACACAAAAAAGGUGUGGUCCAGCUAAUGUUACAGCAAUCAAUUGUCAGCAGUUCUUGGGAGUCUGUUGUGGCUACAUGUAGAACAACCAGGUCUUUAAAGGUCCUCUUACAUUUUUGGUCUUGUCAUAAUAUUUUUGUUACUUGCAGUUUCAUGAAAGGGAUUUUACUUUAAGAACCCGUGACAGUCACAACAUGCAGUGUAACCGGCUUGCUGAUAACCCACACUAUUCAAAGACAUAUGGUAUUAAUUCAAAUUCAGUGCUGAACAAGUCCAGGUUUUAUCAUGUGGUGGGAGGUAUGCCGCCAGAUGCCAUGCAUGACAUAUUGAGGAGUCCUUCAUUACAGUGUCAAAGAAACAUUAAAAACACUGAUUUUGGAUAA